AUGUUGGACAAGGCGAACCAGACCUACGCCAUGGAAUUCAAGGACUACGAUCAGAGAAACGAAUAUCCGACUACAAUUGAUCAGGUCGCAAAAGCGCUGAUCAAACAUAAGCCGGACAAUCAAAAGAAAGGUCCAACGACACCAAGACGUACUCCAAGACCAAACACUGCAAGCGGCAGUGCCCCUGACGGAGUGAGCAACGCACAAGCGAAUGCUCAAACGACAUCUUCACGACCGGCUUUUAGUUGCUGGUGUUGCGGAGAUACUGGCCAUGGGGUCACCCGUUGUCCCGAACGCUCCACACGCCCACAAGCGGAAUGGAGCGACCCAGGGCGAUACAGCGACGCACCCACUACUACUACUACUACUUCAAGACGAGCGGGGAGAGCCAAACUCCAAGUCCCUGCGGCUGCAUCUGCGGCGCAGUCGGAUGCCGCGUCUAGCGUUACGGGAACGCAAUCAACUGGUCAACAACAUCAAAGCAAUAUGCAACGAGCUGUUGUUGACAGGAGUGGAAAUGGAACUUCUGGUACUACUGAUGUACCCGGCUCUUAUGUGGUACGAGGCAGAUCUGUUGCUGAUGAACGAUCUAACGGUAGAAUUACAAGAUGGAACCUUGCACAAGUACGUGUAAGACCGAUUCUGAAGAAGAAAGCAGUCUCCACUGAAGACAGAGGAGAGUUGCUAAUGAAGAAAUGGCAAGCACAACUAGAAGCUGCCAGUACUUUCAAGGACGAUGACAGCAUGGUCAGCGAUGGAAGCUUGAACAUGCAGAUCUACAAGUCGACCUCGAAGAUGGAUUCAUUGAAGCACUGUUCUCAAUGGACCAAAGACAACAAGAAACCUUUCAAGUCCAAUGGAAGUAAGCACUGGGAUAUCGAUCUUGGUGUUCAUCUUGAUUCUGGAUCUACGUUCAGCCUACGAAUGAACAAAGAUUACGCCAAACCUGGCACUGUGUCUGACCUGGAUUACAUGUUCAACUACGGUACAAACACUGGCCAACGUGAUCUGCAUCAGCAGGUCGAAUCAAGUAUUAUCGAAGGACACACUUGCUUCCUUGAUACUGAAGCGCAAUGUAACCUUGAUAGUUUAUCCGAGCUUGUGAAGCUUGGAUUCCGUGUUGUCAUGGACACUGAUAUUGAAAACUCCUUCACCGUUACGAAGGGGGAACAACGAAUGAGAUAUGUGCAUCAAAACGGAUUGUAUACUUUCGUACCCGAUGGUAGGGCAGAAAGUGAUGAGGGAUCCGAAUACUCUGAGUGUGAAUACAGAGAAUGCGGAAAUU